AUGGAUGAGCAGGAAGCCACAGGACCUGGUGCUUGGGAAAGGAUGGAGGGUCUUCCCAAAGCCCCAAUGGCUGCACAGAUGAGCGGCUCUGAAGAGCUUCUGAUGGAGGCCCCACCGCAUCAUGUGAAGCAGGAACCCACCGAAGGUUUGCAAGACCUCUGGGAGACCCAAUGGCAGGAGUUCCUCAGGACCCUGCAGGCACCAGACUUGGAGUGUGGGACUUCUCAGAUGUCCGAACGGCUCACUCCCUGGGAAGAUGCCAGAGUCUUCUUGGCCUCCUUUGAACAAGUGGCAACUGCUUGCCGAUGGCCUCGGGACAAGUGGGUGACCUUUCUCCGGCCAGCCCUGAGCGGAGAGGCCGAGCAAGCCUUCAGCGGCCUCCACGCUCAAGAGAAGGCAAACUACGAGAAGGUGAAGGCAGCCAUCUUGGAAGAAGAGGCCGCCGCCCGGGAGAAACAGCGGCAGCACUUCCGACGGCUUCGCUACCAGGAUACGGAAGGGCCGAGAGGCAUUUAUGGGCAACUACGAGAGCUCGGCUGCCGGUGGCUGAAAAUUGAGAGACACACCAAGGAUGAGAUCUUGGAACUGCUGGUCCUGGAGCAGUUUCUCAGCAUCCUGCCGGUGGACAUGCAAAUUUGGGUCAGGGAACGGAAACCUGGUAGUUGCACCCAGGCGGUAGCCAUGGCUGAGGACUUCCUGUUGAAGCAGGAAGAGGCUGAGAAAUUGGAACCAAAGGUGCCACCUUCAGAGGAGGCUAUGGAACCUUCUGAGACAGGACAAGCUCUGGAUUGCUGGGCUGCCCAGCUCAGCAGAGACAGCAAGGAAGGCGAGAGCAAGGAGGCAACGUGGCUGAGUGAUGAGCAGGUGUGGGGGAAAGAGACAAACUCCAUUCAUCCCAAAGGAGAAGAACAAACAGAUCCCAAGGACGUUUCUCUGGAAACCAACAAGGAUUUCCAAUACUGUAAGAACGGUGCAACUUUGGACGAUCCGAGCGAAAGCGGGAAUGUGCCAGAAAUGGGUCAUGAGAAGGGGGUGGACCCCACUAUUUUCUGUGUUGAUGAUCUGGGUGGUGCACCAGAACAGCAGAGGUUCCUGGGCGGCGAGGUGCAGCACACCAAAUUGGACCACAGAGGGAACUUUGGACAACGCUCGGAUCUUCUCCCACAUCAGAGUACAGACAUGGCCGAGGAAUCAUAUUCAUCUUCAGAGGCCAGUAGCAGUUUGAUGUCAACCCAGGCCUUUAUAAUCCAGCGGGGAGUUUACACGGGUCCGGGAAGCACAAAAUGCCCCCACUGCGAUCAGUGCUUCAACUCUGCUUCAAGUUUGAAGGAGCAUUUGAGCAUCCAUGGUGGAGAGUCUUCGUUUAACUGCCGUUAUUGUGGAAGAAACUUUGGAUCCCGUUCAAUCUUACGAGAGCAUCUCCGUGCGCACGCGGGAGAGAGGCCGCACCGAUGCCCGGACUGCGGAAAGAGUUUCAACAAGAAACACUACUUGACCAUCCACGAGAGGCUGCACAGCGGAGAGAAACCGUACAAAUGCGUUCACUGCGGAAAAAGCUUUCCGGAAAGAUCCCGGCUUCUCAUCCACGAGCGGAUCCACACGGGCGAGAAUCCCUUUGUUUGCUUCGAGUGCGGGAAGGGCUUCAACCAGAAGGGGAAUCUCAUGACCCACAUAAGGCUGCAUACGGGAGAGAAACCUUACAAAUGUGCUCUCUGCGAGAAGCGGUUUAGCCAAAAGGCGGGCCUUAGCGCUCACGAGAAAACCCACAUAGGCCUGAAAAGAACAUUUUAA